AUGACCACCGCUUACAAUCUUGGACCCAUGGUCGGUGGGAGAAUCCAUCAGUACGCAAAUUCCGCUGGCCAAGUCUAUUACGUUGAUUCCGUUGCAAACACGACAAGCUACGCUAUCCCAAAUGGGUUUGGAGAUGCGCCCGGCUGCUGCAACCCGAGUCCAACUCGCUCCAGCCUGAUGUCGUCCUGGUUUGCUAACUACUACAGGUUCGACAGCUUGCCACAGGUGCCUAAGAUCAGCCCAGCGACCCUGCGCUCGACCCUCUCGACAAGCUCUCCUCUUCACACGUUCACCCUACCUCGCCCGCGCGUCAACACACUUAACAGCCACUCUCUCAUCCUUCUCCCCGACCUUAUCUGCCCCGCGCGUCAACGCGAUCCGCAGCCGCCCUCACAAAUCAACUCGCUCGUCAUGGCAGCCCAAACCCCCGCCGCGGCCGCUGAAACCUACAACAAAUUUGCUGGGUGUUACGUUGGGAUGGGCCAUAACCUUGACAUUGAACGAGCUUUCUUCAUGACGGCAACGGCGCCGUAG